AUGAGUGGAGGUGGGGAUGUGACAAGAAGCGAGUGGCAGGUGGUAGGGUCUGAGAAUGCAGCGGAGGAGGAUGAAAGAUGCUCUGACGAGCUGCAAGGAGGAGGGGGAGGGGGAGGAGGAGGAGGAGGAGGAGGAGGAGGAGGAGGAGGAGGAGGAGGAGGAGGAGGAGGAGGAGGAGGAGGAGGAGGAGGAGGAGGAGGAGGAGGAGGAGGAGGGGAAGGGAGCGAGAGAGGGGGUGGGGGUGGGGGAGGGGGAGGGGGAGGUGGUGGGGCGAACAAAGGGGGAGCACCUAGAACAGGAUGGGGGGCAGUAGCUGGCACGGGUUGGAGUCUGAGGGGAGCAGGGGAGGAAGGAGGGCGGGUGUUGCAGCGUGUGCAAGCGACGUGCUCAGGCUACUCAGGCGCUGUUGUUGAGGGAGAACUUCGCGAGACGGAAGGGGGGAGGCUGGUGAUUGUGUGUGACUGCCAUGGCGUUCAGAUGUCUCUCACCCGCUUCACUCAGCAUGCGGGCAGGGAGGAUCGCAAUCCGGGCACGACCAUCUUCAUAGACGGGCGCACGCUCACACAGUGGAGGCGGGCCAGACAGGGCACGUGA